CGUCAACUAAGUUUUUUCACUCUCCACUUCAUAAUAUCAACUUCAUUCUAAAUAAUUAGAAAGAACAAAUUAUACAUGUCUCCACAAACAUAUAGAAUAUUAGUUAUUUAAGGAAGAUAUAUUAUUUAGAAUAUUAAAUAUACCGAAAAAGUAAUUAUAUGUGUGUGGGUGGGUACCCAUGGGGCGGGUUUAGCUAAACCCAAACCCAACACGACCCGGUGAAUAGUGUAGCGGGUUUAAACCCAAACCCGGCUCAAAACCCGUCAAUACGAAUUUUAUUCGCGUUGACCGAGUUAGGUCGGGUGGGUACCCGUUUGUUCGGGUUUGUUGCCAUCCCUAUCGUCAUACUCGUUUCGUUUUGAAUCGUUUCAUAAUAGAUUAAUAGUUCUUUUUUCUGGCAUACGACCCCACAGUCUUUUUAUAUUGUACCGGAACCGUACUUUUUUCAAACUCUUUUCACAAACGAGUCCCAUUUGCCACCUGGCCAGGUGGACCCCACCCUCUCCCUCCGGACCCUUAUAAAUUUCAGCUCACUCUCAAUUUACUCAUUACACCAUCCCCACCACCACCACCGCCAUUGCCACUCUUACUUUACUUGUAGUCAUCUUCAUUCUCCUGCUCGCCACCUAACACACACACACACUUCUACCGCCAUUACCGGCAGAAUCCCAUUUGUAUGGCAGCAGCUAAGUUUUUGGCACACCGGGAGGUAUCCGACCUCUGUCUGGGCAAGCCGGCGCUCAGAUCCCUUUCUCUCUCCGCCACCGUCGCUGAAGCUAUCUCCGCCCUCCAAUCCUCCGACCACCACGACACCUUCCUCAGCCUCUGGACCUGCCACCACGAGGAGGACGGUCUUGAUUCCGAUCCUUCCUCCUACUCUUGCAAAUGUAUUGGCAAGAUUUGCAUGGUGGAUUUGAUCUGCUUCCUCUGUAGAGAGGACAGCUUGCUCUCCCCUGCUACUGCUCUGCUCUCGCCGCUCUCCCUUCUCUUCCCUCACUCCCGCCCUAAUUUCGUCUCCCACGUUGAACCUUCCUGCAGUUUGGGGGAAGCGAUAGAUCUGAUACUGAAAGGCGCACAGAACUUGGUGGUUCCGAUCAAAGCUAGGCAGAGCUGGAUGAGGAAGAAGCAGCAGCAGAAGCUCUCGUCAACGUUCCACAACGGGAGGGAGUACUGCUGGCUGACGCAAGAAGACGUGAUUCGCUUCUUUCUGAGCUCAAUCGCCAUUUUCUCGCCGCUCCCAGCUCUCUCGAUCGACUCCCUGGGGAUGAUUACCACUGAUGUCCUCACUAUUGAGUACCACUCCCCUGCCUCCUCUGCUCUGGAGGCCAUCUCUGCCUCUCUCGCCGACCAGACUUCCGUGGCUGUCGUCGACAGCGAUGGGAUUUUGAUGGGGGAGAUUUCCCCUUUCGCUCUGUCGUCGUGCGACGAGACGGUGGCGGCUGCGAUCACGACGCUUUCGGCUGGGGAGUUGAUGGCCUACAUUGACUGUGGGCGCCCGCCAGAGGAUCUGGCCAGAGUGGUGACGGCCGGGCUGAAACGGAGAGGGCUUGAAGCGAUGCUUGAUGAGUUCAACAACUUUGUCAUUUCGUCGAAUUCCAGUUUAUCCUCUUCAUCUUCUUCCUCAUCGUCCGAAGACGAGGAUACACCGCGGGCCGUGUCAAUGUCGUCCAGGAAGCAGUACAACAGGUCGAUGAGCUACUCGGCGAGGAUGGUGAGGAGAGCGGAGGCGAUCGUCUGCCAUCCGAAGAGCUCGCUUGUGGCAGUGAUGGUUCAGGCCAUUGCGCACAGGGUGAACUACGUGUGGGUUAUGGAGGAAGAUUGUAGCUUGGUUGGGAUCGUGACUUUUGCUAGCAUCUUGAGAGUUUUCAGGGAACAUUUUUGAGGCCAUGGCCGGUAAAAAGUUGUAAAAUGUAUGUAUGUUGCCUGCUUUUGUCAAUCGGUUUUGUAGAUUAAUGUUCGUUUUCUUCUUUUGCUUUUGCUUUGGAGUAGUUUCUGAAAUUGAGGAGCAACUCCAGAACCAGGCUAAGGUUGAGUAGUUUCUUUCUUUUGUUUUUCCCACCCAGUCUAUGGCCAUGGCAAAGCCAUAGUCAAGCUAUCUGGUGGUGCAGACUGCAGACUACUGCAUUCUGCAGAUCACUUCUGUAGUCAAUUUGUACGCAGUAAAGAAAUUGUAAGUUCGAAU